AUGUCUUAUUUUUCAAAGGCACUUGAAAUUCAAGAAAAAUCUCUUUCAUCAACUCAUCGUGAUCUUGCCAAUGUCUACAACAAUAUGGGAGCCGUACAAGAUAGCCUAGGAAAUUAUUCAAUGGCAUUGUCAUUUUAUAAAAAAGUUCUUGAAAUUCGAGAAAAAGUUCUUCCAGCUGUUCAUAUCGAUUUAGCUAUUAUUCAUCUGAAUAUUGGCAUUACACAUUAUAGAAUGAAAAAUUAUUCGACAACAUUAUUACAUUUUCAAAAGACAUUUGAAAAUCAAGAAAAAUGUUUUUCACCAACACACAUUAUGCUAGCUGAUAUUUGUGAUAAAAUUGCUAUGACGUAUUAUUCAAUGAAAAAUCAUUCAAAUGCACUUUUGCACUAUCAAACGUCACUGAAUAUUCGACAAAAAUCUUCACAAUCAAUCCGUCCAGACACAGCAGUGAAUUUUUAUAAUAUAGCAAAAACAUUCGAACAUCUUAAUCAAUAUCACGAAGCUAUAGAAUAUGCGCAAAAAGCUGUUGAUAUGGCUCGUCUUCUUUUUGAAUGCGAUCAUUCCGAAGUGAAGGAAAAUCAAGAAUAUCUUGAUAAACUUCGUCAAGAACUAUAG